AUGCAUCGAAGAAAGGAUCUAGAUUCCCAACCAUUGAUGGAGCGGCAGCAGAAUGCUAUGAACCUGCAGAUGAUGGCAACCUGUGCCAGAAGCCCCAAUGAGAAAAAGCUGGGAGGAAAAACCAACAUCCCACAUUUUCUGUUCCAGCUGGCUGCAGUCUUGGAAAACCCCACCAUCAAGUCACUGGAGUGGCACGAAGAUGGCAAAGGCAUUAACCUGCACGCCAAGCUGUACGAGGAAGAAGCCCAGCAACACCAAGACUUGUUUCCGGAACUCAAGAAUCUGAAAUCUGCUUCAGUUUUGCAAGCUUGGCUGACGAAUUACGGUUUCAAGGCAAGGAUGACCAAAACUGAUUCUGACACGCUCACUUUUCAGCAUGCAGACUUCAAGAAGUUGCCUCCAAGGGCAGAGGAGGCUGAAAGCUCCAAAGCUGAAGCUACUCCGGUGCUGAAGCAGCCCAAGAAAUCUAAGAAAAGGAAGUCGACUCAAGAGGUCACCCCAGUCCCACCUGCCACCCCAGGGAGUUCUCUGCCUCCAGAAUCUGCCACCACAGAGAAAAAGUCCCAGCGUUUGCGUCCUUUAUACCAAUACAUUAACUACGACAACCCAGAGAUGAAUAGGCCAUUGGAUAAGGAAUGUGAUCUGCCCCCAGUGGAGACUCCUUCUACACAAGAAAACAAGACAGGCGCCAUAGAACUAAGAACAACUCCAUCAAUAGUUGCAGAGGAGAAAGGCAAGGAACUGAGGAGUCUACUCAGUGCCACUUCUGGAGCUGUGGUGAAAACAGAGGUGGAUAAGUCUACUCAAGUGGACAUCGACAAGAUGCUCAGCGUCUGUGCAGCUCACCUAGUCCCACCACUGUCACCGCAGAACAAAUAAUCCUAUCUGAUAAGGGGCCAAGCUCCUCCCUCAAGAGAUCAAACAGUGCUUUUCUUUUCAGAACCUGGAAGAUACUCCUUGAAGGCCAUCGGAGUGUAAUUCUUUUAAAGUUUUGUUCAUUAUA